AUGAUCUAUCUAUCUAUCUAUCUAUCUAUCUAUCUAUCUAUCUAUCUAUCUAUCUAUCUAUGUCAUAAUUUGUUCAUAUCUAUGUUGAUAUGUUUAUUUAGUUUCUAUCUAUCUAUCUAUCUAUCUAUCUAUCUAUCUAUCUAUCUAUCUAUCUAUCUAUCUAUCUAUCUUCCGAUUCUUAAAUUGCACUUUUUUCUUGCGCGAUCUUUGACCGUUGCCUUUUCUUCUUUCUUUUCAAUUGGUAUUUUCUUUCUUUUUUAUGUUGAAUUUUUUUCUUUUUUUCCUCUUUUUCCACCUUUUUCCAUUUACUUACCUUUUUAUUUCUCUUUCUAUCAUUUUCGUUUUUUUUUAUUUGAUUUUACUUUUACUUCUUUAUUUUUUUCUUUGACUUAUAUCCAAAUUUCAUGUUUUGAUUUAUUCAAUGUAAAUUUAUGUUUAGUUUUAACUUCUUUCUUUCUUUCUUUCUUUCUUUCUUUCUUUCUUUGA